AUGGAUGCUACUCCUACCAUCCUUCCUCAUCUAACCGAGGGUCAAAGACGUGCACUUCGUGAACAACGUCUCUCUAACUCUAUCCAUGCUCCUCGUAGACGACCAAUCGCUACUCCUGCUCCUACUUCCCCACUGUCUCCAACAACUUCUUUUCCAAACAUAGAACCCAUCUCUGUAAGUCCUAUUUCUUCACCUUCAUCCCCGAUCAUUAUCAAAGAUCCCACUCCACCUUUGUCUCCUGAAUCAGUCCCUACACGUAUGAAUCUCCCACCUACUGCAAGUUUUCCCCUCCCGUCUCAUUUGGAAUAUCCGGUUCCAACUCCUCAACUGUCUAAUCCUGUUCCAACACCGACUACACCACCUCUUGAAUCACCUGCUCCUGCUCCUAGAUCACCUACACCACCUCCUCAGCCACCUAAUCGAUGUCUACUUGUGACUGAAACAUCUUGCGUCUACCAAGGGAUCAACAACAGGGAUAUCCAAGGAGGCAUCAGGAAAACUCAUGAGGUUGUUGUGCAAUCCAGAUUGGUACUGUCGUGGGAACUGGUCUACUUACCCUUAGCCCAUCUGUUUGGAGCCAGUAUGUUAGUGCCUCACCACAGAGAUGACAUUAGUCAUGAGCAUUGUUUAGGCAAACAUGUUUAG